GCGAACGAGGGCAUGCAUUCAUUUUCGAUUUGACCACAGAGACGAACCAUGGCCGGCAGCCAAGGCAUCUACCUGUACCAAGAAGCCGACCAUCAGGUGACGCCAACGCCGCCGCACCUCCUUCAUGCGACGCCGAGCUCGGCAUCGUCGACGAGCAGCGGUGGGAAGCGCACGGCGCCGCACCACGAGCCCCUUGGGAUCCGCACCAACUUUACGACGCCGACGCGACACGAGCUCGGGCCGCACACGCCCGAGUACGAGUUCCCUGACCCGAUCAUGGAAGAGACCGAGAAGCUGCCUCUCGGCGUCCACGGCAACUUUGACCCGCGGCUCGGCGCCAACCUCGUGAGCUCGCUCUCGAUUCUCAUUGGUGUUGGCGUCGGUGUCGGCCUCGGUAUUGGGCUCAAAGCACUUAGCAUCAACAAGGACACGAUGCUGUGGCUCGCCUUGCCGGGUGACCUUUUCGUGCGUGCACUGCGCUGCCUCAUUGUGCCCAUGGUGUUUUGCACGAUGACGGUGGCGAUCGCCGAGAUUGCCAUUUUGAAAAACACGGCCCUCUUGUCGUGGCGCACGGCGGGCACGUUCUUCCUCACGUCCUUUCUCGCGGCGGUGCAGGGAACGCUGGUUGCGAUUACGUACCACGGGCUCUUUGCGUGGCAGGACAACGCGACGACGUUCAACACGUCGUCGACGGUGCCCAUCAUUGCGCUGCAGUGCGCCAACGGCAAGUACCUCGGCCCGUCGUCGACGGACGGCGGCGUCGCGUGCAUUGGCGCCAAUGCCACGUCCGGGCAGUUUCAAGUGACGGACGUCAACAACGCACUCAAGAUCUCGACGCCGCUCCAGACGCUGUCGCUGACGCAGCAAGUGAUUGCAAUCAUCGAAAUGGUCGUGCCCGACAACAUUUUCAACGCCCUCGCCAACGGGUCGCUCCUCUCGAUCAUCAUGUUUGCCUUGCCGCUCGGCAUUGCAGUCGCCCGAACCCAUGCGGGCGAUGCGAGCACCAACUACCUCCUCAACAUGCUGCGCCAAGCUCGGAACGCGCUCUUGAUUUUGAUCCACGUGGUGCUUCGCUUUACGCCGGUCGCGAUCGUCUUUCUCAUCAGCAACGCAGUUGUUGCGUACGACACGUCGUCCGCGGGCCUCGCUUCCCAUGGCGGGUACCUCUUUUUGGCGUUUAUCGCUGGCGUCUUCUCGCACGUGCUCGUGGUGCUUCCCAUCGUCCUCUUCCUCUUUACGCGCAGCAACCCGUACAACUACCUCCGGCAGCUCUUUCCCGCCUACGUCUUUGCGUUUGGGUGUGCCUCGUCGAUGGCGACGCUGCCGGUGGCCGUCACGGUCACGCACCAGACGCGCCUUGUGACGCGCUCAAUGGCGCAGCUCAUCAUGUGCCUUGGCACGCCCAUCAACAUGAACGCCGCGGGACUGUACCAGCCGGUCAUGACCAUUUUCAUGCUGCACAUGUCGGGGAAUGCCUCGGCGCUCGGGACGCCGCAGAUCGUCGUGCUUUUUUUCGUGUCGCUCAUUGGCUCGAUGGGCACAGCACCAGUGCCCAACGCCGGUCUUGUCAUGCUCAUGACGGUCUGGAAGACGGUGUUUCCGACGAUCGCGCUGCCGUCGGCGUUCGUGUACGUCGUCGCAAUCGAUUUUCUCUUUGAUCGAAUUCGAACUGCUGUCAACGUCAACGGCAACAUGGUCGUGACGCGGAUUCUGUCUGCGCAGUACGACGACACGAUCUCGCUCGAUGGCGCCAGCACUCCAGUCGCGUAGUUUCGUUGGAAGACUAUGCACUGUGUGUCCUACUAAUGUAAUCGUCUAUUUAGUAACCUAGUAUAUACCCAAGGACGAGUACGUCUGCAAUUGAAGAAUGGAAAGUGAGGCUUGCGCUCGAGGUGUUCUGAUUCACAACCCAC